AUGAACGGUGCCGACAAAUCUGCCCAGCGGAUCCCAAUCCGAACAGCAGACUCUAUUCUGCGUAGCGAAUUUGUCCCAAUAAACAUGGCUCCUAAGAAAUCAAUCCCGCUCUCUAGAAAAAGGAAAGGAGAAGCCUCCUCCUCCAGGUCUAGGCCAGCUCAAAGUCCCCCUCAUGAAGAACCUGCAGAAAGAGAGGGUUCAUUGAGUCGCUUAGAUUGCUCCAAGUUUUUAAACAGAGCCAAGAAGCAAAGGUAUGAAGAGUUGGAACCCAGAAUUUUCCUUUGUGAAAGGAGAGUAGAACUGGGCCAAGGGGAACCAAGAAAGAAUGUCUUGGGUAUCUUAGCAGCACCACCUGCCAAGUUUAAAGAAAAUAUUGUCAGGGAAUUCUAUGCUAAUGCCUAUGCGCGGGGGAAGACAGACCAAGAAAGAAUGUCUUAG